AUGUUGUUCAAGACUGCUGUCGUUGCUGCUCUCCUCCCUUUCGCCUUUGCGACUAAGAAAGGCAAGGGCCCGGACAAGGAUGGUAAAUACUGGCUCUCCGGAGACGGUAUCAAGGCUGCCUUCAUUCCAUACGGCGCCUCCAUCACCAACCUCCUGAUCGACGAUCAGUUCGGUGUCUCCCGAGACAUCGUUGCUGGUUUCGACAACGCUACCCACUACAGCGUUGACAAGGGCCACCCUCAUCUUGGAGGUGUCCCUGGACGAUAUGCCAACCGUAUUCGAAACAGCACUUUCGAAAUCGACGGCACAAAGUACAAGGUCACGCCAAACGACAACCCAACACCCGAGUCGCCCAAGGGUGCCGAUACUCUUCACGGAGGACCCGAUGGCUGGGACUACCGCAACUUCACUGUUGUGUCCUACACAGACUCCAGCAUCACCUUCUCCAUUGUUGACCCUGAUGGAAAGGAGGGUUUCCCUGGAGAGGUUGUCUCUUACGUGACCUACACUUUGACCGGCCACGACUGGGAUAUCAAGAUUGUCGCAUUGGCAACCACCAAGAAGACUCCCAUCAUGCUCACCAGCCACACCUACUGGAACCUUGACGGCUUUGCCAACAACGAGACCAACACCAUCUCCAACCACUCUCUCCACAUGCCCUACGGUGGUCAGCGUGUUGCCACUGACAACAUUCUCAUCCCUACUGGUGACAUCAUUCCCAACAAGAAGGGAUCCGUCAACGAUUUCUGGAGCAAGCCCAAGUUAAUUGGUGACCAAGAGAACAACAAGGAUUUGAAGGGUAACUGUGGUUUCAACUGCACUGGAUACGACACCUGCUACACCGUCAACCGUGGCCAGCUCGGCCAAUACGACUGGCGCACCGAGGGUCCCGUUGCAACCCUGUCUUCCUCGUGGUCUGGAAUUCAAGUAGACAUCUACUCCGACCAAGACGCUUUCCAGUUCUACAGCUGCACUCAGCAGAAGGGUGACUUCCCCUUGAAGAAGACCCAAGGUCUCAAGGAUAAUGCCGACUUCCCCCGUAUCAUCCCCAAGUACGGAUGUGUCGUUCUUGAGGUUCAGGACUACAUUGAUGGUAUCAACAACCCUGAGUGGAUGCGUGAGGAGAAGCAACUGUUUGAGCCUGGUGGCAACCCUUAUGUUCUUCAGGCGAAGUACACCUUCAGCCUCAAGGGUGCCAAGGAGUAA